AUCUAACCCUGGCACCCACUGGACUGGAGACUCGCGGAGCCGGAGCCGAAGCCGGAGGCAGACGACUCCACCGCCGGCGAGGGUUAGGAUAGCAGGGAGAUUGCCUCGUCUCGUCUCCGGCCAAGCCCGCCCCCACUCCACCCCACCCCAUCGGCCCGUCCCUCUCGCCCCGGUGCGGCGCCAGGGCCUCUCUGCCCCGGUCAAAUCACCCCUCUCCCCCCGUGGCCGCCGCGAAGUAGACUCCCUGCCGGCGGCAACGACGAGGUUCUCUGGUUGCUUCUUGAUGGCUCAUGGCUUCGACUACAAGACUAGCAUGAUGCCCCGACUCACCAACCCAUGGCACUAUUUUGAUGAUUUCAGAUUCUGAAGCGCGCAAGGAGGCCACCACAGGUCCAAAUCUGGCCAGAUCUAUAGCGAUUACAAGCCAGGUAGGCGGUUGUUCUCUGGUUUUAGUGGGUAAAGGUAACAAGAGAACACCUGAAGUUGAAAUCACAUCCAACUACUUGUCAGCAACAGCAACCUAGCAUACUCUCAGUCAUACACACGACUCCAUGAGAGUUCACGGUCUCCACAAUUAAGCUUCAGUGACAACUUCGAUUCAGAAAUCCAUGAGACUAUUCUGAUGGUUUCAGAUUCAGAAAUUCACAAGGAGGUUACCAAAUUCGAUUGGUUCUAUGCCAUCCGGCAGGUGCGUCGUCCUUCCAUAGUUUUCUGGCUAUCUUAGGUUGUACUCUGGUCGAGCUUCUUAAUUUGUACAGCUUCAAGGUCUGGUGAGCUGGCAGUGUUCAGGUUUUAGUUGAUAUCCAUUAUUUCCAGUGGUGGAGCCACCCCACUGACCGAGCAUGGGCAGGGUCACCGCUGGCUGGUGUUUGCCCAGUAAAACAUCAUUGCUAACCCAUAUAUUGACGCUAAUGCUUAAUAGACUCUCUGGUUGAGCCCAGGCAGCUGCCUGGGGUCACCGUGAGCUGCUCCAUCCCUGAUUGUUUCCUUGCAUUAACAAUAUAUCUGGAAUCGAUCUGCAGCGCAGUUGUUGAUAAUGCUUUGUACUGGUGAUAUACCUAGCACACGAUGAGCAUAUGCUCUUGAAUUCUUGUUACGCUAAUGUGGAAAUUUCUAGCCUCCUAAAAUAAACAUUCUUGAUGUGUGAGUGUCUCCUAAAGUGCAUAUGACAGCUCCUUUUAAUUAAAGUGGUUUUAGUUACAGUAAUAGUAUAUUGAUUUCUCCUAAUGAGUAAUGACUCCUCUAGUCCUCUGACAUUAUAGCUUUGCUUCCUUAUUUAUUUCUUUAUUGUGAUACGUUUUCUUGUGGCCUAAUCAACAACUCUAGCUAUUUGUUUCUCCAUAAAUCUGGAGAAGAUACAUAUGUUGAGAAAAAUGGAACUAAGUUGCUUGGAGCUGGCCGGUAUGUCAGAUAGUCUCCCUCUUCACCUCACUUGUUUAAAUCUUCAAUAUUUGGGGCCUUUUAACCUGAGAUGUCCCCUACAGGGAAGCGGAGCGUACAUGGUCACUUAGUUGGUUGAGUGUCACUCGCUCUUGUCAGUUAAUAACAUUUAGUUUGCCAUUGACGAUAGCACAGUCCCAAGUGUUUUAAAAUCCUCAUGGACCUGCACGUCUGGUCAUUGUAAUAAUACUGAGGCAAAUAUACAACUAGGCACCCAACCAACAGUGGUACAUUAGCUGUUCAGAAAGUGAUGGCGGAGAUUGUGAUUCUUCUAGCCAUUAAAAAGAUUGGAACCGCCUUGGCAAAUGGAGUGGCAGACCAGGCCAGCACGUUGUUUGCGAAGAACGGGAAGCAAAUACUAGCGCUACAGGGCAGCAUGGGUCGUGUUGCGAGGGAGCUUCGAGUAAUGCAUGAUGUUCUCUGUCAAAUGGAUAUCCGAAACCGCAACAAUCAAGUAUAUGAGGGCUGGUUGGAGGAGGUACGGAAAGUAGCACAUGUGAUGGAGGACAUGGUGGAUGAGUACUUGUAUCUUGUUGGUCACGAACAUGAUACGGGAUGUUGCUUUUACCUGAAGAAAGGGUUUACGAAACCAAGAUAUCUGCUUUCUUUGAACCGGAUUGCUUUCAAGGUGAAGGAAAUAGAGAAAGACCUAACACACCUGUCUGAGACAAAAAAUCGUUGGGUUCACAUGAUAAACAAUGGGGAUACUAGCAGCUCAAGUUACAUUGUCAAGAGGUCCAAAGAUCUAGCAAACAUUUCACGCUCCCUUGAUGAAGAGGAUCUAGUCGGUGUGGACAAAAACAGAGAUAAACUUGAGCAGUGGUUAUUGAGUGACGAUUUGGAACGCUCUGUGAUAGCACUGCUUGGAAUGGGAGGGCUUGGUAAAACAUCUUUAGCUGCAAAUGUCUACAGGAAGCAUAGAGAGAAAUUCCAGUGCCAUGCUUGGGUCUCCAUCUCUCAAACUUAUUCUACAGAACAUGUCUUGAGGAAUAUAAUCAAGGAACUUUCCCGAGAUAAAGUCAGUGUGCUAUCUAACACUGCGGCCAUGGACAUCACAUGCCUUGAAGAAACGCUGAGGAAAUUUCUAGAGCAACAGAAAUAUUUGAUCAUAUUGGAUGAUGUUUGGACUCCAGAAGCAUUUGAUGACUUGUCUAGGGUGCUUAUUAAUAAUAAAAAGGGCAGCAGACUGAUGAUCACAACAAGGGAAGGCGAUGUUGCUGCACUUGCCUCUCAAGGACAUACUUUAACACUGAAACCUUUACCAGAAGAUAAGGCAUGGGAUCUCUUUUGUAGAAAAGCCUUUCCAAGAGAUACAAAUCAUGAAUGUCCUGCGGAGUUGUAUCCUUUGUCCGAGCAAAUAGUUAGCAAGUGCAAAGGCUUGCCUCUUGUUAUUGUGUUAGUUGGUAGCCUCUUGCGUGUGCGUGAGAAAACUGUGGAAGAAUGGAGAAGAAUACAUGCCCAAUUAAGUUGGGAGCUAAUCAACAAUUCAAGACUCGAUCACAUAAGGAAUGUUUUGCAUCUGAGCUUCAUCUACCUUCCAACACACUUAAAAUGCUGUUUCUUGCAUUGCAGCUUAUUUUCAGAAGACUAUUGUUUCAAAAGGAAACAACUUAUACGGUUAUGGACAGCAGAGGGGUUCAUUGAAGAGAGGGGUGAAAGCACAUUAGAAGAAGUGGCAGAAGGCUAUCUGAAGGAGUUAAUUGACAGAAACAUGCUAGGACUUGUCAAGAGAAACUCAUUUGGUAGGAUGAAAGAAUUCAAAAUGCACGAUAUCUUACGUGAACUGGCACUUGACUUGUGCCAGAAGAACUGUUUUGGUGUUACAUAUGAGGAUAAGCAUGGGAGGUCUUUUGAGAGGAAUGGACGUCGAUUGGUAUUGCACAAACAAAAGAAGGAUAUUCAGCAGUCAUUUUCUAGUGUGCGCCGACUUCGAACAUUCGUUAUGCUGGACGAUAGUAUGGUAACAUUUACUCUACUGCCUCUGCUAUGUAAGGAGUCAAGAUAUAUGACAGUGCUAGAAUUAAGUGGUCUACCCAUUGAGAAUAUUCCAGAUGCUAUUGGAGAUCUUUUUAAUCUCCGCCAUUUGGGUUUGCGUGAUUCAAAAGUGAAGAUGCUCCCGAGUUCUGUUGAGAAGCUUUCAAAUUUGUUGACACUGGACCUUCUUAGAUCUGAUGUACAUGAGCUGCCUAGUGGGAUUGUGAAACUGAAGAAGCUUAGGCACUUAUUUGUUGAGAAAAGAAUUAAUACAGAUUUGAGAGGGAUUAAAUGUUUCGGUGGUGUGCAUGUCCCUAAUGGUCUUGGAAAUCUAACAAACCUGCAAACGCUACAAGCAUUGGUAGCACAUCAUGAGUCUAUUAGACAUUUACGGCAGCUGAGGCAACUGAGAAGCUUGAGGUUAUUGGAUGUGAAGGGAAGCUAUUGUGGACGUAUCAGCGAGUCUCUAGUUCAGAUGCAGUGUUUGUCCCAUCUUGAUGUGAAUGCAAGUGAUGAGAAUGAGGUUCUCUCGUUGAAUGCCCCCCUGCCAAACCUGCAAAGGCUACGUUUGGGUGGACGACUGGCGGAAGGGGCGUUGGACGCGUCUCCUCUCUUCCAAGCUGCUGGGGGGCAGAACUUGCAUGUUUUGAAUCUAUAUUGGUCACAACUGAGAGAAGACCCCCUGCCAUCCCUUUCACGGCUGUCGAAUUUGACGCAUCUGGAAUUCACCAGAGCAUACAGCGGAGAGCAGCUAUCAUUUCUCACGGGAUGGUUUCCCAAGCUAAAGAUUCUCUAUCUGAUAGACCUGCCUAAUCUGAAUUGGCUAGAGAUACAGCAAGGUGCCAUGGCGAGCCUGGAAAGAUUAUACUUUGUCAACCUCAGCAGCAUGAUGGUGGUCCCAGCUGGCAUUGAGUUCCUCAUGCCCCUCCAGUCUCUAGGCUUCUUUGAAAUCACUAGUGAUUUCUUUUGGUUGCUGGAUCAAUGUUCUGCAAUUCUAGGGACACAGUGGCGGUAUACUCUCCGAGAUUGACCUGCCACACUGGUUGGGAAAUGUGUAAUGCACCCGGAGGUAUAAUGUCCGGGUUUCUCUGCUUUUUCACAUACUACACAUCAUUUGCUGCUUGUUCCACCUCUGCUAAGGUGCAGUUACCGCCUGUGUUUGCUACUGCUACUACUGUUCUAGUCAUCAUGUGCUUUUGCUUGUGAAAUGUGAUGGUAUUUCCUACUGACUGAUUCCGGCUGUGGCUUAUUAUAAGACUGCAAGCGAGUUGUGUUUUCGUAUCCAAACUAGUUUUCGCUUAACUUGUUUAAACUGUGUACUGUUAUUUCACGCGCGUGUGUGUGCUUGUUGUGAACCUAUUUCAGCUGUGGCUGUUAAAUAAUAAGAAAACUUGGCUUGUGA